CGACUUGAUCUAAUCCCUAUCGCACGGCCGGAUUAGCUGCUGAAAUCAACUUCGAUUCGCUUUGCUCGUCACAAGAUGAGGACUUGAGGAGAAACAAACAAGACGGAAGGGCGCUGGUGACCUGCUUCUUGGCCCCCCGCGCUCCAAUUGCUGAACGGCCACCGCCUUCUCGAUCUGCGUCCUGGCCUUCCGCUCCUCGGCCUUCUCGAUCUGCAGGCCUCCGACGCGACUUCGCGGUGCGUGCGUGAGGGGCAGGCGAUUGGGGAAGGAUGGGAUGAUGGAGGUGGUUGGAGAGCCGUUGGAGAUAAGAUUUUGGAAGAAACUUUUGGAGCUGCUUUAGCAUCCGUCUAGGCAACACCCGCAGCCAUCGACAUGGCGGCCAGCGGCGCCCUCCCCGUGGUGGACCUGACGCCUUUCCUCACCUGGGACGAGGGAGGCAUCGCGCGCGGCACCGAUACCGUGCGAGAGGCGUGCCGGACUCACGGCUUCUUCCGCGUCGUCAACCACGGCGUGCCCGCCGAGCUCUUGGCGCGCGCGCUCGAGCAGUCGGCCGCGUUCUUCGCGCUGCCGGACGAGGAGAAGGCCAGGGUCCGGCCGGCCGCGGCGUCCAAGGCGCCCCUCCCGGCCGGUUAUGGGCGGCAGCCGGCGCACUCGACCGACAAGAACGAGUACCUGGUGGUCUUUGAUCCGAAACUCGGGUUCAAUGUGUACCCAACUGAGCCAGCUGGAUUCAGAGAGACGCUGGACGAGUGCCACGGCAAGCUCACCGAACUGGGGUUGCUUAUCCAGGAGAUCCUGAACGAGUGCAUGGGCCUUCCGCCGGGCUUCCUCAGCAACUACAACAACAACCGCGGCUUCGACCACAUGACGUCAAAGCGCUACUUCCCGGCGACGGAGGAGGAGAACAUCGGCUUCAGCGAGCACGAGGACGGCAACUGCAUCACCUUCAUCUUCCAGGACGGCGUCGGGGGCCUCGAGGUCCUCAAGGACGGCCACUGGGUCCCGGCGGAGCCCGUCGACGGCAGCAUCAUCGUCAACAUCGGCGAUGUCAUACAGGUGCUGAGCAACGGCAAGUUGAAGAGCGCGACGCACCGGGUGGUGAGGAAGUCGGUGCACAGGCACUCGUUCGCCUUCUUCUUCAACCUGCACGGCGACAAGUUGGUCGAGCCGCUGCCGGAGUUCACAGCCAAGAUCGGCGAGGCGCCACGGUACAGGAGGUUCCAGUACAGGGAGUACCAGCAGCUGCGGGUGAGGAACAAGACGCAUCCGCCGGCCAGGCCCGAGGAUAUUAUUCGCAUCACCCACUACGCCAUCUAGCACAGCAACAAAUUAGCUUCUACGCGCAGAAAUGUCGAAGUGGUGCGCUCAUGUGCAAAACUGGAAUGGUCAAUGUGUUGUCAAUCAGCGAGAGUUAGACCAUAGAAUCUACAAAGUCCGUUGAAACUUUCGUUGAAUACAAAGUCCGUUGAAACUUCCAGUCCGGUUAGGAUACCUGGCUUUCACCCAGGCGACCCGGGUUCUCAAAUCCCGGAAAUCGAACUUUUUUUUUUUGCUAUGUUUAUUUAUUUGUCAUUUUCAUGCCUUCUGGUUUCAGCUUUCGCGUCUGUUGUCUGCCACAUUUUAAGCAGUUGAUAAAAAUAUAUUGAAUUUAAA